AUGGUCCUUGCACAAGAAGUAUACACGCGAUCUCGGGCUCUACCACUUUUAUCCGCAUCAAAGUGGCCACUAUACACCACUCUAUUCGGGAUCAGCACGAUCGUUACCAGUCUAUUUCUCUUUUCCCUGGCAAUCCAGCAUCUCAAACGAAUUUGCAAAUCUGCGCCGCAAUCGGGCCCGUGGUACCAAAUGUCCAACAUGGAAAAGGCAACAUCCAAAUCAGCCUCGCCGCCGCCACCACCAGCAGCUUCCGCAUGCGACGUGUUAAAACCACUUUCGCACAACAGCAAUUAUCCAAGUAGCGGGGUUGUGGCGGCCAGAGCCCGUGAACAGAUGGAGAACAGUGGGAAAUCUUCCCCGGUGGUCCCCGCUGCGACUGUUGCCACGCAGCCUCGAUCUGGAUCGGAGGGAGAUGCAGCCACCGGAUCUGGAUCUGUCCAAAGACGCAACGAAUCGGUGCAGCAGAUGCGUGAGGUGGACGAUAGUGGUGUGCGGACGUGGAGACGCCUAGUCGUCGAGUAUAGUUAG